GAGGAAAAGCAAGCAGAAGAACCUCCCCCUCCGAAAGCAUCUUUGAGAGAGUUGUUCCGUUAUUCAUCGAGUUGUGACCGCUUCUUGCUUACAAUCGGUUCCAUUGUAGCGAUCGGAACAGGAUGUGGCCUUCCUCUUCUUUCGAUAUUCAUUGGCAAUAUGUCGCAGUCGUUUGUUGAUGCUCAAACACUUUUUUAUAGCGGUGACUUUCAACUGUUCAUUGUUUCAUUGUUCAACACUGAAACCUUCUUCUUACUGCAUCCGUUGGAGGACACAUUUAUGAAAGGUUUUGAAGAAUUCAUACGUUUUCGACGUAUUUCAUCUGCAGGUUAUAGACCUCAAGACACCGCCAAUAUAACACGCUUUCACAAUGUAAGUUUACCACCAAAAUUGGCAAACUACACGUGGAAUAUGUUUACGGAACAGGUUGUUGCGUAUUGCCUUCAAUACGUUUACACAGGAAUUGCAGUGCUUUGCGUUGCUGCCAUACAAGUAAUAAUUUUGGAAUGGCUUGAUUUUCACUAUGAUUUCAGUAAUUUGGAACGAAUCAAAGAAGGUACAGGUGAUAAAGUGGCAUUAUUAAUUCAGUUCAUAAGUCAGUUUUUUGCUGGGUUCAUCGUUGCGUUUGUUUACGAUUGGCGUUUAACGCUCAUUAUGAUGUCGUUAUCACCAUUCAUGGUUAUUUGCGGCGCUUUUCUCGCAAAAUUGAUGGCGUCGGCAACUGCGAAGGAGAGCGAGAACUACGCAGUGGCUGGCGGGAUUGCAGAAGAGGUGAUAACAUCUAUUCGAACUGUUGAUGCAUUUAACGGACAGCAAUUGGAGUGUGAUAGAUACAACAACGCACUAAAAGGUAGUAUGAAAACUGGGAUUCUGAAAGCUUUCUAUGUGGGCCUCGGACUCGCGAUGACCUUCUUAGUACUCUUCAGCUCGUACACACUCGCAUUCUGGGUCGGGACUGAUUAUGUUUAUGAAGAUGCGAUCACUCCAGGAACGAUGCUUACGGUAUUCUUUGGUGUAAUGAUGGGCUCUAUGGCACUAGGACAAGCCGGACCGCAGUUCGCUGUUUUGGGUGCAGCGCAAGGAGCAGCAGGCACCAUAUUUGAGAUCAUUGAUCGAGUACCUGAAAUAGAUGUUUAUGAUCAGUCGGGCUACAAACCAAUACAAAUAGAUGGUCAAAUAGAAUUCAGAAAUAUUGAAUUUUCUUAUCCAACGCGACCCGAUGUGAAGGUAAAAAAUAUCACUAUCUUUAUUAGCUCUUCAAAGAGUGCCGUGAUAUGGCCAUUUCAACCGGUACUGUUUAAUAUGACGAUUAAAGAGAAUAUUCAAAUGGGCAGUGAAGAAGUAACCGAUGCACAAAUGAUUAAUGCUUGUCGUUGUGCUAAUGCUGCCGACUUCAUCGAUCAAUUACCAAAGAAAUACGAUACGCCAGUUGGUGAUCGCGGUGUACAACUUUCGGGCGGUCAGAAGCAAAGAAUUGCUAUCGCACGUGCUCUUGUUCGCAAUCCGAAAAUUUUGCUUCUUGACGAAGCAACCAGUGCUCUUGAUGCAGAAAGUGAAAGUGUCGUUCAGGAGGCGCUUGAGAAGGCAGCCAAGGGACGCACAACACUAGUGGUAGCUCAUCGAUUAUCAACAAUCAAGAAUGCUGACAAAAUAAUUGUAAUUCAUGAUGGUCGAGUAGUGGAAAUGGGGACACACUAUCAACUGAUUGCUGCUAAGGGAUAUUAUCACGAACUGGUCAACUCCCAAGUUUUCGUUGACAUUGAGGAUAACGCUCCAUCGAAAAUUCCCUUAAGUCGUCGUCAGUCAACAGCAUCCUAUCGAUCACGAUCGUUUUCUGUCAUGACAGCAAAGAGUGGUCAGGAAACAUCAAAAGUCAUGUUGAGGAAAGCUUCGAGAGCUGCUACUCAAAUAGGUGAAACAGAAUUGAACGCAAAGAAAGAGACGGAACGAUUGAAAAAAGAAAUGAUGGAAGAGGGUGGCACAGAAUCAGGUCUCCUCGAAAUUUUGAAGUAUUCACGACCUGAAUGGAUAUAUAUUUUGAUCGGUUUACUUGUGGGUGUCAUUCAAGGCUGUGUAUUUCCGGCAUUCUCGCUUUUCUUCAGUGAAAUACUGGCUAUUUUCGCAAAACCAAAAGAUUCUAUGCUUCAUGAAGGUCAUUUUUGGUCACUUAUGUUUCUCGUGCUAGGUGGUAUUGAAGGAAUCACAUUGCUUGUUCAGACAUUCUUUUUCGGGUUAACAGCUGAACGUUUAACGCGUCGUUUGCGAUCACGCUUGUUCAGGAAUAUUCUACGAAUGGAUAUGACAUACUUCGAUAGUCCAAAUCAUUCAAGUGGUAAACUGUGCACUCGUCUCGCCACCGAUACACCCAAUGUGAAAUCGGCUAUAGAUUAUCGCUUGAGUGGUGUCCUAGUGUCAAUAGUUUCGAUCGGUUGUGGUAUUGGGAUUGCAGCCUACUACAGUUGGCAAAUGGCAUUACUUUUGAUCGCCAUAUUUCCACUUGAAGGUGUUGGAAAAGCAGUUCAUCUGAAGUACAUCGAAGGACAUCAUAAGCAAGACGCAAAGGAAAUGGCAAAUGCUGGAAAAGUCGCCUUAGAAACUAUCGAAAACAUUCGGACCGUUCAAGCAUUAACUCUCGAGCAAAGAAUGUAUGCCAAAUUUUGUGGUUACCUUCAGCAGCCAAUUAAAAAUGCAACGAAAAGAGCAAUCGUUCAGGGAUUAUCAUACGGCUUCGCAAAUUCGAUAUUCUUCUUUUUGUAUUCCGCAUCGUAUCGUUUUGGAGCGUUUCUGAUCAUGGCUAAACUUGCAUCACCGAUUGAUGUUUUGAGAGUGCUCUUCGCAAUCAGUUUCACAGCAGGUAGCGCAGGUUAUGCGAGUGCUUACUUUCCUGAGUAUGCAAAAGCAAAGUUUGCAGCAGGUAUCAUUUUCAAGAUGCUCGGUGAAAAGCCAAAAAUUGAUUGCAUGGGGAAAGAUGGAACAAAGAUGGAAAUAACUGGUUCGGUAGACUUCACGAAAUUACAUUUCGCUUAUCCGCAGCGCGCAGAUGUUCAAGUCCUCAAAGGACUCAGCUUGCAUGUUGACGCAGGCAAAACACUUGCGAUUGUUGGACCAAGUGGUUGCGGUAAAAGCACUGUGGUUUCGCUUCUUGAACGAUUCUAUGAAAUCAUUGAUGGAAGCAUCGUAAAAGCCGGCGCAAAUUUUCAGGCAGUUGAUGGUACUGAUAUUCGCUCAUUGAACGUAUCCUAUUUACGUUCACAAAUGGCAUUGGUAUCGCAAGAACCGAUUCUCUUUGAUUGCUCCAUACGAGAGAACAUUAUUUAUGGACUCCGCGAGGAUCAGUUCGACGAAAACGACAUCCGAGAUGCUGCAGAGCUGGCAAACAUCGACAAAUUCAUCAGCGAUUUACCUGAAGGCUAUGAGACGAGGGUUGGCGAAAAAGGAGUGCAGUUAUCUGGUGGUCAAAAGCAACGAAUUGCAAUCGCGAGAGCGCUAUUAAGAAAACCGAAAAUUCUGCUAUUGGAUGAGGCAACAAGUGCACUUGAUGCUGAGAGCGAAAAGGUAGUACAAGAAGCAUUAGAUCGUGCCGGCAAAGGAAGAACGUGCAUUGUAAUAGCACAUCGAUUAUCAACGGUUGUUAAUGCCGAUUGUAUAGCGGUACUUCAGAAUGGCAUCAUUUUAGAGAAAGGUAUUGGUUGUUGUCUCUAG